AUGCAAGUUGUCUGCUUGGGACUGCUCCUUUUCAGUCUGACCUGGGCAGCGCCAACAUUUCAACCACAGACUGAGAAAACUAAGCAAGACUGUGUGGAAGAGCAGAAGAUAACAUACAAAGGUCAUCAUGAGAAACACGGGGACUAUAUUUUAAAGUAUGUUUACACAUCACCUGGAAGGAAAAAUCAAACUGACAUGAAGGAAGAAAACAACAAAGAUGACACUGCUUUUCACCAUCUGGGCAAGAGAAGAAAACAAGAGCCACCUCCUAAAAAAAACAUUGCCCAGGAGAGGGAGAAAGCAUUGUCUCUUCAUAAAGCCAGUGACAAUAACCAAACUAGAAAAUCCCAAAAUCUCUUUGUUAAUAGACAAAUAUGGCAUGAAGACCAUAGCAGCAAAGAGAAUAUCCACAAUGACCUAAAGAUGUCCAUUUAUCCUGAGCCCAGUGGACAUAAUUGGGCUGAGAAUGAAGAUGAUGCUAUCAAUGAAUUACAUGACCAAGAAGAAUAUGGUGUAGCUCUCAUGAGACAUAAUAGGCAACACUUAAUGGGGCCAGUGACUGUGAAUGAACUCUUGAGGGGAAAAGGUAAACAGGAAAAACCUAGGAAUGUUCUAAGCAAAAUCCUCAGAGGUGCAAACUAUGCUGAAGUCUCCCAAAAAGAUAAGAAGAAUCAUCAAAGAGAUGACCAAGCCCAGAAUAUUCCAGUCAAAAGCAAAAGCACCCAUCACAUCAAGCACAACAGUGACUACCUAAAACCACACCCAAAAGUCAACAUAAUCCCCAGUGAUUUUGAAGGCAGUGGUAACACAGAUCUCCAAGAGAGGGGAGACAAUGGUAUCUCCCCUUUCAGUGGGGAUGGCCAGCCUUUUGGAGACAUUCCUAGUAAAGGAAAAGCUACUGGUCCUAACCUAGAAAGUAUAAAUAUUCAAACAGGGUUUUCAGACACAAGUGAAUCAGAGACUACUAAUCCUGACACAAGAGGGCCAGGUUUUAAUGACAUCCCAGAGAAAGAAGAGAAUAGUGAAAAUGCCAUUGGAACCAGAGAUGCAACAGAGAGAGAUGAAAAUGCUUCUGAUGUGAGAAUCAUGGAGGGCAGUAAUGACAUCAUAGGCAGCACCAAUUUUAAGGAACUCCCUGGAAAACAAGGCAAUAGGGUGGAUUCUGAGAGUCAAAAUGCUCAUCAAGGGAAAGUAGAGUUUCAUUACCCUAUUGCACCUACCGAAAAGAAAAGAAAAGAACAUUCUAAUAGGAAUCAAGCAACUGUAAGUGACAAACAGAGAUAUUCUGGUAAUGGGAAAAGUCAGCAGAUGUUUAUUUCUUCUCCUGGUCUUGAUAAUGAAAUAGGUUCCCACAAUGGCCCCACUAGUGAGGAAAAUAUAGUAGCACACAACAACAACAGAAAAAAUCAUUAUAUAGGACACAGGCCAAAUAAUACUAUCCGGAAGGAGGGUAUGUCACAAAGGCAAGGCUCCUGGGAUUACAGAAGACCCCAUUCCAGUAGGAGUCCUGGCCCCCCUAGAAAGGGUGAAAGCAGUGAGUCAUCUGAGAGUAACAGCUCCAGUGACAGUGAUGGUGACUAG